AUGGUUCAUCUUUCCAUCGACCAGGAGGGAUUCCGUGACAUACGUCCUGUCUUCAAGCUUGUUGGCUAUUCUCGUCCUCCAGAAUGCGAAACUGCUCCUAUUUCACUCAAUGUGCACUUGAACUCUGCACAAGCGGAUUUCAUGCCUCUCAAGCGACAGUCCUUCAUCUUCCAUCAUGCCACGCUGGAUACUCCUCCAAUUCUACGCAGGCUCACCAUCAACGGUGACGAAUCGCACGACUACAUCUCUAGGCAAGCGUAUCUCAGUCUUAGGGCGAACGGUGCCUACUCUGUCCAUGGCGCCGAAUCCUCGCAUGUUGAUCGACACCAUGCGGAAUGCACGAAUCUGGCGUGGAAGUUCGAUUAUCUGGUUGGUGACAGGCGUGCAGACAACGGUAAGCUCGUACCUGGAGAGAAGACCUUCACCCCUCUUGGGUUCUCUUGCUCCCCUGGCCUCUUGCACCCCGCGCAUAGAAAGAAAAUUCGUCUGAUGCACAUCGUCAAGAAGAGCGUCGUCCCCAAGCUCACUGCAGAGAAACUCGAGCCUCCUGCGCCUCCCUGCUCGCUCAGACCCAGCGUACGACCAGGCGACACACAUUCUAUCAGCUUUGGCCCAAGUAGUCCGCCGCACCCAUCUACGAGGAUGGGCUUUCUGUCCCACCGAAGGGCUCGAUCUCAGGUCUCGAAACAGCCGGACGCCGCUGCCCACGAUUUAUCGAAGAACUGGGAGCACAUCUCUAGCAUAUCUAAUACCUUGCAUGCAACUUUCCGUCGGACCUCAACUCGGUCAAGAUCAGCAGAUUACAGUUCCUACCCCGCCUCCCGUGAACCUUCUGACAUCCCUACUUCUGGGCUCGGCCACGCGGCUCCCCGCUCGGGCGGUUCAUCAUUGCCUACUCGGUUUUCCGGGGACAUUGCGCUCGAUAGAAAGAUCUUACCUGCCACCAUGCUCGCGACAUUGCUGUCGGAUCCCUCGGAGACUGGUCUAGCGGGUCCAACAGCAACUCAUGCAAGCAACCUGGCGGGCAAUAUUCAACCCCUUCGUCCGCCAAACCACCAUACUCGGACGAGCACGAGCCAUAGGGGUUCAUAA